AUGCCCGAAAUGCCGUCGCUCUGUGGAGGAUCGAAGACCGUUCAGCGCAAGCUGGUGCUGCUAGGCGAUGGUGCAUGCGGCAAGACCUCGCUGUUGAAUGUCUUUACGAGAGGCUACUUCCCAACCGUCUACGAGCCUACCGUCUUCGAGAACUACGUGCACGAUAUCUUCAUUGACAACGUACAUAUCGAGCUUUCCCUUUGGGACACUGCUGGUCAAGAAGAAUUCGACCGAUUACGAAGUCUAUCUUACGACAACACAGACGUCGUGGUUCUCUGCUUCAGUGUCGACAGCAAGGACUCGUUAGAAAACGUCGAGAGUAAAUGGGUUGGCGAGAUCCAGGAGAAUUGCCCCGGGGUCAAGCUCGUACUGGUAGCACUCAAGUGUGACCUACGCGAGAACGGCGAGGAAGGAGACGAGGAUGCGGCGGCCAACGAGGCCGCGCAACGUGAGAAGAAGCCCAUGAUCGCCUACGACCAAGGCCUCGAGGUGGCUCGUCGCAUCAAGGCCCUGCGGUACCUGGAAUGCUCCGCCAUGAGGAAUCGUGGUGUCAACGAGGCCUUCACCGAGGCCGCCCGAGUCGCCUUGAGCGUCAAGCCGAGCGGCGAAAAGGACGGAAAGUGCUCCGUGAUGUGA